CUACAUAAUAAACCAAAGCCAAUAAAAAAACCCUAGUAGCUUUACUUAUUAUUUUUCUCUAUCAUUAUGUCAAAGGGUAGAAAAAAAGGGAAGAAAAAUAACAGUGGGAUAGUGAAUCUGAAAGUAUUGGUACAAAAGAGUCUUCUAUUAGGGAAGAAAUUACCGUCCGAUGAUUAUUUCGACGAGUGGGAAAACGACGUGCCGGAGGACGUGAAGGAAGGGCAUUUCGCCGUUGUUGCGGCGGAAGAUGAUGAAGUGAAGAGAUUUGUGGUUCCAUUGAGUUGCUUAACACACCCUUCAUUUUUGAGGCUAUUGGAACAAGCUGCUGAGGAAUAUGGUUUUGAUCAUGAAGGUGCACUUACUGUACCAUGCAGGCCAAGUGAAAUGGAGAGAAUUUUGGCGCUUAUAUAUACCGACUUCUCUCGUCUCACCUUAGUAGCAUAACUCUUUCUACUGGCCUAGCGCUGUUUAAUACUUAUGAUCAAUACAUUUAGAAGAAGAAGAAGAAGAAGAUAUAAAACUUAUGGUGAACAUCUAUAUGUUUGAGUCUGUCAUUUCCAAAAUCUAACGUACAGGAUAUUAAUCCAGUUAAUUUUUUCCUUUAUCGUAGCCAUGAUUGUGAAUUUGUAUAUCAUGCCUGCAUGUGGAAUAUGUAUUAUGGUACAUGCUAUAAUAGUAGUGUGGAGAAAGAAUUCUAGUUCGAUUUAAGGGGGGAAAGUGAUUUUAGCAGUGGACAAAAGACAUUUUUCCUAGUACUCCAUUUGUUUUCGGUUUUUCCUAAUUUUUCAUUUCCUCCUCCUUUUACUAUAAUCCUUUUUACCCCUUUUGUUGUUCAGUAUG